AUGGAUUGUUUUAAUUCUUUUUACCAGACUUACCAACAUAAGCUAAAGCUAGCCCUCAUAGGUCAAAGCAUUUUUGGACAAGAAGUUUAUAACAAGCUGAGGAAAGAGGGCCAUAAAGUUGUGGGAGUGUUCACAGUGCCUGACAAGAAUGGACAAGCUGAUCCUUUGGCACUGGCAGCAGAGAAGGACGGCACUCCUGUGUUUAAGUUCCCCAGAUGGAGAGCUAAAGGCAAGCCUAUCCAGGAAGUAGUUGCAGCCUACAAAUCGGUUGGAGCAGAGCUAAAUGUCCUUCCGUUCUGUACCCAGUUCAUCCCCAUGGAUGUUAUUGACUGCCCAAAACAUGGUUCAAUUAUUUACCAUCCAUCCAUCCUACCACGCCACCGAGGAGCUUCUGCAAUCAACUGGACUUUAAUUCAAGGAGAUAAGAAAGCAGGAUUUACUAUUUUUUGGGCUGAUGAUGGUUUGGACACUGGACCAAUACUUCUGCAGCGAGAGUGUGAUGUUGGCCAAAAUGAUACUGUGGAUGAUCUCUAUAACCGGUUUCUCUUCCCAGAAGGAGUAAAGGCCAUGGUGGAAGCUGUGCAUCUAAUUGCUGAUGGUAAGGCCCCUCGUAUACCUCAGCCCGAAGAGGGGGCAACAUAUGAAGGGAUCCAGAAAAAGGAAAACGCAGAGAUCUCCUGGGACCAACCUGCAACAGCUUUGCACAAUUGGAUUCGAGGGCAUGAUAAAGUGCCUGGAGCAUGGGCAACAAUAGAUGGCCAGGCGGUUACUUUUUAUGGAUCAUCGUUACUUGAUGCUUCAGUGCCUGCUGGACAAGAACUGGCAAUAAAAGGUGCUUCAAGACCUGGACUUGUAACCAAGAAUGGUCUAGUCAUUUUUGGUAAUGAUGGGAAGAUGGUACUAGUGAGAAGCCUGCAAUUUGAGGAUGGAAAAAUGAUUCCUGCAUCUAAAUACUUCUCUGCUGAUGAAACAACUACCCUGGAACUUACAGAAGAGGAGAAAAAGAUGGCAGAAGAUAUUAGGGCUAUUUGGAAGGGAAUUUUGAGCAAUGUUGCUGUAAUUGAGGAUUCGACAGACUUCUUCAAAUCCGGAGCAUCCUCUAUGCAUGUCGUCAGAAUGCUGGAAGAGAUCAAACAGAAAUAUAGUGGACUUCAACUACAGAAUGAGGAUGUGUAUAUGGCCACUAAGUUUGCAGACUUCAUUCAAAUGGCUGUCAGAAAAUUCAGAGGAGAAGACAAAGAAGAAGAGUUAGUAAUUGAUUAUGUUUCAAAAAAUGUGAACAACAUGACUGUGAAUAUGCCAUACCAGUGCUUCAUAAAUGGCCAGUUUAUAAAUGCUGAUGAUGGAAAAACAUAUGACACUAUAAAUCCAGCAGAUGGAUCAAUCAUAGCCAGCGUGUCUUCUGCUUCAUUGGCUGAUGUCGACAAGGCAGUGGCAGCAGCAAAGGAGGCAUUUGAAAAUGGGGAAUGGGGGAGAAUGAAUAUGGAGAACUUGAGGCCCAGAGAGACAAUAGGCCAGAUUCUCAAUGUCCCAAGGCAUAUGAAAUGCGAUUUGCAUUACAGGUUAGGAACUCUGAAUUUGGACAUCUGGGUGUCUUUGAAUGAUCUGAGACUUAGACUUGCAGACCUGAUGGAAGAACAUCAAGAAGAGUUAGCAACAAUAGAGUCUAUCGACUCAGGAGCUGUCUACACUUUGGCUUUGAAGACUCAUGUUGGAAUGUCUGUGCAAACAUUCAGAUACUUUGCUGGAUGGUGUGACAAAAUUCAGGGUGCAACAAUUCCAAUUAACCAGGCCCGGCCAAACCAUAAUCUAACGUUCACCAAGAAAGAGCCAAUAGGUGUCUGUGCAAUUGUUAUUCCCUGGAAUUACCCACUGAUGAUGCUUGCAUGGAAGAGCGCGGCGUGCUUGGCUGCAGGCAACACACUUGUGCUCAAGCCAGCUCAGGUGACACCUCUGACUUCCUUGAAGUUUGCAGAACUCUCAGUAAAAGCUGGAUUUCCUAAGGGUGUUAUAAAUAUUCUGCCUGGUUCAGGUGGCUUAGUGGGACAACACCUGUCUGAACAUCCAGAUGUUCGCAAAGUUGGAUUCACUGGUUCAACACCAACUGGUAAACAGAUCAUGAAGAGUGCAGCCACUAAUCUGAAGAAGGUUUCUCUUGAACUUGGUGGUAAAUCACCAUUGAUCAUAUUCAAUGACUGUGAACUUGACAGAGCUGUAAAAAUGGGUAUGGGAGCAGUGUAUUUCAACAAAGGAGAAAACUGCAUUGCAGCUGGCAGGCUGUUUGUGGAAGAAUCAAUCCAUGAUGAAUUUGUUAGAAAAGUGGUGGAAGAAAUAAAAAAGAUGAAAAUUGGUGACCCACUUGAUAGAUCUACAGAUCAUGGUCCACAAAAUCACAAGGCACAUUUGGAAAAGCUGCUGCAAUAUUGUGAAACUGGAGUGAAAGAAGGAGCCACUCUAGUGUAUGGAGGAAAACAAGUUUGUAGACCAGGCUUCUUCAUGGAACCCACUGUAUUCACAGAUGUUGAAGACCACAUGUAUAUUGCACAGGAAGAGUCCUUUGGUCCUGUGAUGGUGAUUUCUAAAUUUAAAAAUGGGGACGUCGAUGGAGUGCUGAGACGGGCAAAUACCACAGAAUAUGGUUUAGCUUCUGGAGUUUUCACAAAAGACAUAAGCAAAGCACUCUACAUCAGUGAAAAGCUAGAAGCUGGAACAGUUUUUAUUAACACAUAUAACAAAACUGAUGUGGCAGCACCAUUUGGUGGAUUUAAACAGUCUGGCUUUGGGAAAGAUUUAGGUGAAGAAGCUCUUCAUGAGUAUCUUAGAACCAAGGCUAUCACUGUGGAAUAUUAAAGCAACAGCCUCACUUGGAAAGUAAACUUUCAGAAGAGUUUGAAUCUUAAUGACUCCAUGAAGCACUUAAU